AUGCCUGCUCAUAAUGGACUAGCUAUUAAUGUUGUUGAAGACGAUGAAAAGUUGAAUUUAAUAAUGGAUGUGAAUUUGGUGACUACUCUGUUACCAUUCGUUAAAGAGUAUUUGAUCAAGAAUGAUGUUUAUCCUGGCUAUGUCAUCGAAUGUUGCAAAUGCAAGAGUCAACUAGAAGGUUGCGAUGAUUUGAAAGCGGGAAUUCAAACUCGAGUUAGACCGACUCCCUUGACUAUUACUUUACCUGGUCCUAUUCCAUACUCCAGUGAGAAGGUUGUGCCAUGGCAUUAUGAUUUCGAUGUUUACUAUCAUGGAGUGAAGCAAGAGGAGAAGUAUUUUGAAGAGAAGUCGUGCAUGGACAACAAUUUGAGUGUUGAUAAUCUGGCAGGUACAGGAAGGAUUACAAGAAGUGGUAGGGUAUUCCCUUCACCAAAUGCUCAAGAUAGUGUUGAUUCCUUGGAAAAAGCUAAGGGUAAACAAGUGGUGGCAGAUAACCAAGAAACUGUGCAGAUUAAUGUUCCUCAACAAAAUAUAAUGCCUAGUGCUUCCUCCUCCCCGGAUGUUGAAGAGUUGUUAAGGAUAAUCAGGAAAAGUGAUUACAAAGUGGUGGAUCAGUUGAGUCAGACGCCGUCCAAGAUUUCGAUUUUAUCUUUGUUGUUAUGUUCUAAGACUCAUAGGAAUGCUCUCGUGAAGUUGUUGAGUUCUUCAUUUGUUCCUCAAGAUAUUACAGUCAAUCAGUUAGAAGAGGUCGUGGCUAGCAUAUUUGCAGAUAAUGGUUUGGGUUUCACAGAUUUUGAUCUUCCGCCUGAAGGGCGAAACCAUAACAAAGCUCUACAUAUUUAUAUGGAAUGUAAAGGUACUACUUUGUCUCGUGUGCUGGUGGACAUUGGAUCAUCUUUGGAUGUGUUACCCAAGUCGGCUUUGAUGAAGAUAGAUUAUGCGGGUGUUAAAUUACGCCCGAGUGACUUGAUAGUCAGGGCUUUUGAUGGAUCCCGAAGAGCAGUGUUUGGUGAAGUGGAUCUACCUAUCAAAAUUGGACCUCAAGUGUUUAGUACAACUUUCUUUGUCAUGGAUAUACAACCUGCUUAUUGUUGUUUGCUUGGUCGACCCUGGAUUCAUAGGGCAUGGUCUGUAACAUCUAAUCUACAUCAGAAGAUGAAGUUCCCAAUGGGUGGUAAGGUGAUUACUGUUUGUGGAGAAGAAGAGUAUAUGGUUAGUCAUUUGGCCUCUUUCCGUUAUCUAGAGGAUGAAUGGGAGUUUCACGAGACUCCUUUCCAGGCUUUUGAGGUUGUUCAAGUAAUCAAGGCUCCUCAUUCUGAGGAGAAGAAGCCUGCAACUCCCAUGUUGUCUAUAAAGGAUGCCAGAGCGGUUGUUGAAGCUGGUCACCCCGAAGGUUGGGAUCAUGUGUUAGAUAUUCCUCCCAAAUUUGACAAGUUCGGUCUCGGUUUCAGCCCCGCCAGUCAAAGUUCAUCUCCCAGAGCUCCAAAUGCUUCCACUCUGGUGAGGUUUUCCAGUGCUGGUUUUGUCAAUGGUUAA